UGGCGAUUGUGUCGCUACUAAUACAACCUUUGAAUUCUCUCUGGAUCCAUACGUUCCACAUCGACGCAAUUGCCUCUCAAACGAGCUUCGGAUAAUACCUUAAGUGGAGUCUCUCUGAUACUACUUACAGCUUCAAGCUGCCAUGCCUCCGUCGACCGACUACGCAGCCUUUCGCGCCGUCCUACGCCAGAGCAAGCAUGUUGUAGCAAUAGCAGGCGCAGGCCUGUCAGCUGCUUCAGGCAUUCCGACCUUCAGAGGAGCAGGCGGAUUGUGGCGCUCAUACGAUGCCAUCAGUCUUGCUACGCCUGACGCCUUCAACGAGAACCCAAGUAGGGUGUGGCAGUUCUACCACAUGCGCAGAGAGAAGGCUCGAGCGGCCGAGCCCAACGCAGCGCACAUGGCGCUCGCCGUGCUCGCCGUGCCUCACUUCCUCAGAACGAACGUGGAUGGCCUGAGCCGCAGAGCGCUCGAGAGAACCCCAGGGGCGGACGAGGGGACCGCACCUAUCCUCGAGAUGCAUGGCCGCCUGUUCGAGACGAUCUGCACAUCCUGUGGCGACCGCCGCAUGAACAUGGACAGCCCUAUCUGUCCGGCUCUCGCAGGUACAGAAGCGAUUGUGGAGAGGCAUGAAGAGGAGCCGGACAUACCGCUUGACAAGCUGCCCCGGUGUCAGAAGUGCAGCGGCCUGCUGAGACCCGGCGUGGUUUGGUUCGGCGAGAUCCCGCUUCAUCUGCAUGAGAUCCAGCAGAUAGUUGGCAAGGCUGACCUGGGGCUGAUCGUCGGCACAUCUUCGACGGUGCGCUGCGGGUAUGCUGCGGAUAUACAAAAGCGCGGCGGGAAGACGGCAGUCUUCAACCUACAGGAAAGUGACGGCGAUCAUGUCACAGACUUUCUGUUCAUGGGUCCUUGCGAAGAGACGUUAUCCAGAGGGCUUUUCGCUUAUGGCGAGCGCGCCGAAACAGGUAUGAGCAAGAAGAUGUAGAUCCAACAUCACAUCCAAUAUAACAGCACAUUGCGAUCGAUCAUGUAAUCCAGACGAGACGUAGCCCUUUCCCUUCCCAGAAACAGACCCAGCGUCGAUAGCAUACACAACGAUCAGCGCCCCGACUACUCCUUCGAUUCACCCUAGAAGAAACUUUCCGUCUCGGUGACUUGCUCGACAUCCUGCACGUUCUGCUCCUCGAACACUUGGCCGUCAGGCUCGUCAACGUAGGUGUCGGUGACCUGCUCCUCCUGUGUCUCCUGGAACGUUCCUCUCCGCCAAAACUAUCCGUCUGGAAGGUUUCUGCAGAAUAGUCCUCUUGAACGGUCUCUCCGUAGAAUGCCAUGGUGUGUAUGAGGAUGAGAAGGUAUGUAUGAACGGCGCGGUCGCGAGUGUGCUGUGAACUCGAGGCUCGUAUGAAGACGCUG